AUGGCGUUGCAUUUUACAGAUUCUAUUCUCAAUAUUACUACAAAAUCCCUGUGGGCAGAGAAUGCGAUCACAAUUGCAGGUGGAUACGGGAAAGGCUAUGGAUUAAAUCAGCUCAAUAGACCUUGUGGUAUUUAUGUCGAUGAUGACCAAACAGUCUUCAUUGCUGACACAGAUAAUCACCGCAUUGUAGAAUGGCAAAUUGGUGAAAAGACUGGUCAAAUAGUAGCUGGUGGAAAUGGAGCAGGUAAUAGAAUAGAUCAAUUGUAUCAACCAACCAAUGUUGUUCUUGACAACGAGACAAAUAGCCUUAUCAUUUGCGAUUGUGGAAAUCAACGAGUACUGCGAUGGCCUCGUCGACAUCAAGCAAGUGGAGAAAUUCUCAUUGGAAAUAUCAAUUGCUGUGGACUGGCAAUCGAUGCCCAGGGAUUUCUCUAUGUCUCUGACACUAAAAAGGAUGAAGUGAAGCGAUUUCGUAUAGGAGAAUCCCGUGGAACAAAAGUGGCGGGUAGUGUUGGUCGAGGAGAUAAUCUUAAUCAACUCAAUUGGCCCACACACAUUUUUGUAGAUCGAGAUCAAUCAGUCUACGUCGCUGAUACAUGGAAUCAUCGUGUAAUGAAAUGGAUGAAAGAUGCAAAAGAAGGAAUUAUUGUGACUGGUGGUCGGAUGGAAGGGAAUGCCCCAUGUCAACUAUCAGGUCCUAAGGGCAUAUUCGUCGAUCAAUCUGGCACAGUAUGUGUAGCGGACGGUGGAAAUCAUCGAGUGAUGCUCUGGUACAAUGGAGCGACACAGGGGGAAAUUAUUGUCGGUGAAAAUAUUAGAGGACAACAAGCAAAUCGGUUGGCUGAUCCGGAAGCUUUGUCAUUCGAUAAAUACGGUAAUCUGUAUGUCGUUGACUGGGGAAAUCAUAGAAUUCAACGGUUUUCACGUGAAAAAUAA